UUCUUCCUCUUUUUUUUGGGGGGUUACACAUGUCUUUCACAUCUUCAUCCGAAACAUCUAUAGCGGCGUCUGAUCCUCACGCGCCGCUACUCCGUCCUCGUCAAUCCGAUGGAUCGGCGCCCCGCCCUGUUACGUUGACCCAACUGUUGGGUCGAGCUACGGGACGGCGUGGCGCUCCCAUGCUGGUGAGGGAGACGGCGGCACGUGAGUUGGAGGAGCGGAGGGCCGACUGGGGGUACUCGAAGCCGGUGGUGGCACUGGACAUGCUGUGGAAUACAGCGUUCGUGGCGGUGUCGGUGGUUAUGCUGAUCUGUACGGCGGACGAGAGACCUAAUACUCCUAUUAGAGUCUGGAUCUGCGGGUAUGCCUUGCAGUGCUUGGUUCAUGUUGUUUUAGUGUGGUUGGAGUACAGGCGAAGGAACAGUAGUAGAAUAUCUGCUAGGGAUGGGGAGAGUGGAGAUGCAGUUUCUGGGGAUGUUAGUGAUAGUGAAGACGAUGAAGACGGUAUUGGAAGGAAUCUUUUAGGAUCAAAUGAAUCAAGUGUACCUAAACGGUGCGAAUCAUUGAAUACAAUGGCAUCAUUUGUUUGGUGGAUGGUUGGCUUCUAUUGGGUAGUUUCUGGUGGUGAUAUCCUUCUGCAAAAUGCUUCACGAUUGUAUUGGUUGGCUGUGGUUUUUCUAGCAUUUGAUGUAUUUUUUGCAAUCUUUUGUGUUGUUUUGGCCUGUUUAAUUGGGAUUGCUCUCUGCUGCUGCUUGCCAUGCAUCAUUGCAAUUCUUUAUGCUGUUACGGAGCAGGAAGGUGCAUCAGAAGCAGAUCUUAGUAUCCUUCCGAAAUAUAGAUUUCAGAUUAUAAACAACAGUGAGAAGGGAGCAGGGAAAAUGAUCCCCGUAGAAAUGAGCAGCGGUUACUUCGCAAAUGAGCGCAUACUCCUACCUGAGGAUGCAGAAUGUUGUAUAUGUCUAAGCUCAUACGAAGAUGGGGUGGACCUCCAUGCUCUCCCUUGCAACCAUCAUUUUCAUUCAACAUGUAUUGUGAAAUGGCUUAAGAUGAAUGCAACAUGCCCUCUCUGCAAAUACAAUAUUUUGAAGGUAAAUGAACAAGUAUGAAAGAUAAGGAGAG